UUGAAAUUUUGAAUUGAAUGCCAAUGUUUACUACUCACACAGUACCUGCUGCUCACUCAGAAUUCAAAACCUCAAAUAUCUAUAAUCUAGGGUUUUAUUGAAACCCAAAUUUACCGAGCAAUCGUUGCAAAAGAGGAGAUGCAUAAUGGCUCCGGCGACGGCGAAGCAUCGGCUUCCAAGAAGAUCCCUCCGGCCACUUCCAUGCUUUGGGUCCGAAAUCUCCGGCGCUUCAUCGGAUCCGGCACUGGUCUCGGUUCCGAAGCUUUAAUGGAGCUCGAAACAAAAAGAAUCUUGCUAGAUAUGUUCAAAGAGAAGCAACAAAAGAAUGCUGAAUCUGGCUCCCUACCAAGCUUUUAUAAGAAGAAACCCGAAGAUGGUUCCAUCAGUCACAGGGUCCAGAGGCUAGCAAAAUGUCGUUUUUUGAAGAAGCAAUCAGAUCUUUUGCUGAACGCUGAUGAUUUGGAUGCUAUGUGGGCGUGUUUAAGAGAGAAUUGUGUUAUUGAUGAUGCCACUGGUGCUGAAAAGAUGAACUAUGAAGAUUUUUGCCACAUUGCCUCUGAAUGUACAGAACAGAUAGGCUCUAAGUGUCGGCGGUUUUUUAGUCCUUCAAAUUUCAUGAAGUUCGAGAAAGAUGAGUCUGGAAGAAUUGCUAUUCUGCCUUUUUAUCUUUACGUAAUGCGUACGGUUUCACUUACCCAGGCAAGGAUUGACAUGAGUGAGCUUGAUGAAGAUUCUGAUGGAUUUCUUCAAGCUCAUCAAAUGAAGACCUACAUAAGCGACCUUAUUCCUAAUCUGGCACAACUCAGAGACAUGCCUGAAGCCUUUAUUGACACGUACUGUCGCAUAGCCGCACACAAAUUUUUCUUCUUCUGUGAUCCACAAAGACGAGGCAAGGCAUGUAUAAAGAAAGUGCUGCUCAGUAACGCUCUUCAGGAAUUAAUGGAGCUGCACCAGGAAAGUGAGGAAGAAGUGACUGACACCGAACAAGCAGAGAACUGGUUUUCAUUGACAUCAGCACAACGGAUAUGUGAUAUGUUUAUGGCCCUCGAUAAAGAUAUGAAUGGCACAUUAAGCAAGCAGGAACUCCGAGAAUAUGCAGAUGGAACUUUGACAGAUAUAUUCAUCGAGAGAGCUUUCGACGAGCAUAUCCGUCGUGGAAAAAAUGGAGGAGGUAACAGUCGUGAGAUGGACUUUGAAAACUUUCUUGACUUUCUUUUGGCCCUAGAAAAUAAAGAUACCCAAGAGGGAUUGACAUAUUUGUUCCGCUGUCUCGAUCUCCAUGGAAGGGGAUUUCUCACUACAGCUGAUAUUCACACUCUCUUCAGGGAUGUACAUCAAAAGUGGAUAGACGGUGGGAAUUAUGAGCUGUGUAUCGAAGAUGUACGGGAUGAAAUAUGGGAUAUGGUGAAGCCAGCUGACCCUUUAAGAAUUACACUAGCAGAUUUGUUAUCUUGUAAACAGGGUGGUACAGUUGCCAGCAUGCUCAUAGACGUCCGCGGUUUCUGGGCUCAUGACAAUAGAGAGAAUCUUCUCCAAGAAGAGGAAGAACCGGAAGAAGAAUGACUAUCUUAAUUGUGGCUAGAAUUCAGUUUGUACACUGUGUUGUAGGGGUUUCUGAAUGCUGAUUGACAACUAGGUUAACUUGUCGUAGAAAACUACUGUAGCCGCUGACUUAAAACUAAAUAUUAGAACUACUGUGCCCGCUGACUUAAAACUGACUAUUCUGUAUGUUGUAAAUCUAAAGUGCAUGUAGGAUGGCUGUGUAGAUGAAGUGCAGAGAAGGAAUCAGAUCCUUUCUUAUGAUGCUAA